UAGAAGAAGCAGCUCAGCCAACAGAGUUGUGGCUCGCUCGCUCAGGCGGUGUUUUGGCUAUACUCUUCAAUACCAUUUUGUAUCUAAUUUUACUUAACCUAGUCUGCAAUCAAGUUUGUUUAGGUAAAUAUACACAGCUAGCUAGCUAGUAAACACUGCCAAAUAUGCGACAGUUUUUUCUGUUGGGGUUUCUGUUUUCUAACAUCACUGCGACGGCGUCGAUUGAACCCAUCAGUACCAGCAUAGCGGUUGGGAUGGCUGCGGCUCUCACCGGCUUCCUCGCAACCUACCAGAACAUGUUUUACUAUUUUCACGAAUGUUGUAGACCAGAGUGGAUCUCCUUCAACAGAACAGGUUUGGAAGUGGCCCUAGAUCGGAAGCUGUUUGGUCAACAUGUUGCCUCCAGAGUCAUCCAGAAAGCUGUAACGGGUUUCAUGAACAAUAAAAACCCUAAAAAGCCCCUGGUGCUCUCUCUACAUGGCUGGACUGGCACAGGGAAGAACUUCGUCAGCCAGUUGAUAGCUGAAAACAUCUACAAGGAGGGCAUGACCAGCAGUUUCGUCCAUCAGUUUGUGUCUACAGCUCACUUCCCUCAUCUGAGUCAGAUUGAGAACUACAAGUCUCAGCUGCAGCAGUGGAUCAAAGGCAAUGUCACCAACUGCCCACGUUCCAUGUUCAUCUUUGACGAGAUGGACAAGAUGCACCCUGGCCUGAUCGACUGUAUAAAGCCCUACCUGGACUACUACGAAAAUCUGGACGGGGUCUCCUACCGCCAAGCCAUCUUCAUCUUCCUCAGCAAUGCUGGAGGAGAGCACAUCACGCAGGUGGCCCUGGACUUCUGGAAAGCAGGUCGAGACCGAGAGGAGAUGAAAUUGCAACACUUAGAACCAGCUCUCUCCCUGUCCGUGUUCAACAACAAGCAGAGUGGGUUGUGGCACACUAGUCUGAUAGACAAGAACCUAGUUGACUUCUUCGUCCCCUUCCUGCCUCUGGAGUACAGACACGUGAUGCUGUGUGGCAUGGCAGAGAUGGCCGCCAAGGGCCUGGAGCCCGACCAGGACAUGGUCGACCAGAUGGCCAGAGACUUGGUCUAUUUCCCCAAGAGUGAAAAGAUCUUCUCCAGCAAGGGCUGCAAGACCAUCGGCGGCAAGCUAGAUUACUAUACAUAGUGUGUGUUUGAGAUCGACUACGUUGCUGCCGGCAGCUGCAGACUGACCGAUCUAAUCAUAAUGAGUAGUAAUUUAGGAUGAAAGGUGGUUUGUAGGUCUGAUCAGUCGGUCUGCUGUUGCUGACGGCAAUGUAGACGAUCUCAGAGGGAACAGCUACUGUAUCUAUCUACCACCUACUCUACUGUGUGCACUUUCUUAAUGACAACAUCUCCGCCAGUCGGAGUGAGGAAGUCAGUGACUGAACUCAGAAAGGGGAUGAUGACCCGCCCCUCAGGUCUCCCAACGUCAACACAACCAUGUGGAGGACUUCAACGAUCUUGCUCUGAUGGUGUCACUUAUCCCUGAAGAUGGACUACUGAGAGAGAGGAGGGUGACUUUAAGGAGAGAUAAAAAAAAAUUUUUAGGAAACACUGAGGGGAAACGCAAUUAUUUUUAACUAAUCAAGGUGCUUGAUCCUGACUUAUCAAUUCUGUAAAUGAGUAUCUCCAAAUAAUGAUUUCAUUUUCCAGGGAAUUCUGCUGCACAUGAACUGUGGCAAGUGAAAACAAGUUGUGUAUUAGAAACAAAUGUGGUUUAAAGUUACAAUCUCUAAUACAUUUUUCAGCCAAACGGCAGCCCUGCCACUUGGUUUGCUAUCAAUCUGAGGGAUGCUGAGGCCGGACAAAUGUAACCACUCUAAACGACAGAUGGAGAUAUGGAUGCAAGGACUCGCAGUUCAUGAGAUCAACGGGAUGGUUAUAUUCUUCAAGAAUCAAUGGGUACAUACCGUUAAUUGAAAUAAGAAUUGGACAGUUGUAACUAUUGCAGCUUGCCUCUUUGUCAUUGAAAACGUAGCACUGAAAUAUUGUACAUUUGUGGUGCACUGGAUACCCAUUGUGUAUUUUAUAUCUGUUGUCAAUACCCAGUUUACCAAUACCUAAACAUGGAAAAAUCUGCCUUAAAACUUGCAUCUAUUUUGCCUUUGUUUUUAAUCCUUACUCAUUCACCAGAAGCAUUGUGUACAUUACAAAAUCUGCUGUAAGCUUAUCUUUGUCGGUGUAUAAGUUUCAUUUUCAGUCCACCAAUUGCAUUUUUUUCAAGAUUGAUCCAGAUUUGUCCUAAAUCAUAUAAUUGAGUAGUCCAUCAGUCCUCCUUGAUUAAAUGUCUGCAAUGAAGUAAAUCCAAUUGUAGUUUAAAAAAUAUAACUUAACCACAAUGAAACAGUUGUAUGUUUUAUGUACAACUGUAUACUGUGCCUUAGUUGGCAUACUGUUCCCAACCUAAACAAUGCAGAAAAUAAUUACAGGAAGGAAGGGUCACUAUUUUUCAUUAAUGUUUUUAUAUGGGAAAAAUCUGUUUAGUUUUACUUUUGUUUGAGUACAUUUUUGAAGGUAAUGUAAGAACUCCUACUGUUAAGUCAGGACAUCAAACAAGGCAUAUUUGUACAUUUUACUCUACUUUUUUCUUCUUCUAGCCAAAGCAUUAAAGCUCAGAAUAAUUACAAUAAAUCUCAAAGCAUUCUAGCUUGCUCAUUUAUGCAU